GAAAAAAGGUGCGUAUUUUGUGAAAAUUGUUGAUAAAAGAUUACCUGACGCCUUGAGAAUGCAUCCCAAUUGGAGAGCACUGGCAUCAGUGGAUUUUAAGCGGAAAAUUUUCGUUCGAGAAAGUGAAGCAUCCACUUCGAAGGAUGAGGGUGAUGUUGAUAGGGUUUGGGAGAUUACAGCCACAAAGACAGGUUCUGAGGCUAAAGAAUUCUAUGAAGAAGUGACUCAGGACUCACAGAAACAAAUCUCACAAACAAUUCCUGUGAGAAAAAUCGAGAAAGCGCGUCGGAAAAGUGAGAAGAAACCAUUCAAUCAAAAUACUUUCUUCAGAGCUGUUGUAAACAAUGACAGAAAGAGUGUCCGGGAAAUGGAUUUCCGGGACCAUCUCGAGGCUGUAGAUAGCUACGGAUGGACAGCACUAAUGAUGGCUUCCUGUGAGGGAGCUGAAGAGACUUUCCGGCUUCUCCUUGAAGCAGGAGCUUCCCUAGAAGCUUGUGACAGUCAUGGGAACACUGUUGUCAAUUUGGCCAGGAAAAAAGGCCAUAAGAACAUCCUACAAGCCAUUGAUGACAUGUACCAUCCCCCAGGAGGAUCUCAAGAUCCCUCAGACAAAAAUUCCCAGAUCUCUCCGCAUUUCUGUGAGACAUGCAGCGUGGAAUUCAAAGAAACCUCGAGAGAAGCCCAUGAGACUUCCACCCUUCACAAAUUCAACACCAAAAGUGCCAUUUCCUUCCAGCAGCGCUUCCCAGUACCUGACAGCAAUCGUGGCUGCAGGAUUAUGCUGAAGCAGGGAUGGAAUAAAAUGGAUGGACUUGGUCCAAGUGGCCAUGGAAGGCUGUUCCCAGUGAAAACUGUGAUAAGACAUGGUCGCAGUGGGAUUGGAGUUACUCAGAAUGCUCCCAGAGUAACUCACUUUGCAGCUAAUGAUCCUGCAGCGGUUGCUGGGAGGAAGAGAGGCAGUCGGGAACGCACCCGACGAGAGAUACAGAAAGAUUUCUACAGCGAGAAGGAACGAGAGAAGCGAUUUCGUCAGCAACUCUCAUGAUUAUCUUCAAAUUAUGUUUGUUUCAGCCAACAUGAAGUCAGACGCGGAAAAAACCAUUGAGAUUCUCGAGGCGACUGAGCGUGUAGCAGACAAGAUACUGAUGAAUAAGCAGGAGAUCAUUGAGCUGGACAAGAGGCGUCAGGCCAACCGUGAAGCCCUGAGGGAGGUGCGAAAGAGUGAGGAGCGAAAACACUGGAUUUACGUGGGAUGUCUCCUGGUAAAGAUGAUCCGGGAAAAAGCAGUGGCACUCCUCGAGAAAGGUACGGAGACCUCAACUUCUCGAAAUUAGUAGAAAAAAAAACCCUGUUGAAUUGGCUUUCUAUCUGCAGAUCAGAGGGUUAUCGACGAUGAUAUUGAGAGACUGAGAAAUGAACAGAGGAAAUUGGUCAAUGAACUUCGAGACUUGGAGCAUCUGUCCCCGGCCAAGGGAUUUGAUAUUAAGCCAUUAGCAAGCAAUGAAUUAUCCGCACUUCAGAGCAAUUUGCUAAAAUUUCGAUAAUAAAAGCGAGAAUUCUUAAAUGUUA